ACAACCACCCUGGCACCCUCCAUUUGAGAACCAGAUUUUGUGCGGUUCAACCCUACUGAAGACUGAAGCACCCAACAGUCAAACACGAGAACGGAGGACGAACCCUAGAAACCGCGCAUACGGACUGGAAAGAAGAAAUCUGCAUCUCAAGAAGCAAAGCAAACGGGGGACGCGGACUGGCGAUCAAUUUAUGCAGCGUGAAACACUAUUACUAUAGCUGAAAAAAAUGUAUUAUAGAGGAGGAUAUAUGGAUGGUGGUGAUUCCAGGGAAAUGGGUCUGAAAAGGCAGCGUAUUAUGGAUCAAAGUUCUUCUUAUUACUCAAUUCCAUUGGGUUCAAGUUAUAUGUACAAUCCAGCUCCGCCUCCCCCUGCUCUUGAAUACCCUUAUAUUGGCCAGCCUCCUCCACCUCUCCCUAUUGUCCGACUUCGAGGCCUCCCAUUUGGUUGCACAGAGGGUGAGAUAGCAGAUUUCAUGCACGGUUUGGAUGUAGUGGAUGUGCUUCUGGUUCACAAGGGUAAAAGGUUUACCGGGGAAGCUUAUUGUGUUCUUGGAUACCCCCUUCAAGUUGAUUUUGCUCUUUCAAGGAACAAGAAAAACAUUGGGCGAAGAUAUGUUGAAGUUUUCAGAAGCAGCAAGCAGGAAUACUAUAGAGCUAUAGCUAAUGAAGUAUCUGAUGCAAGCAGUGAAUAUAUUCCAAGGGCUAGAUCUGCUGAAGAUUUAGCAGAACAUACUGGAGUCUUACGGAUGAGGGGAAUGCCAUUCUCAGCUUGCAAGGAAGAUAUUAUUGACUUCUUCAAGAAUUUUUCACUUCUACAGGACUCAAUUGUUAUACUUGCUAAUUCAGAGGGAAAGCCAACCGGUGAAGCAUUUGUGGAGUUUGCAAAUGCAGAAGAUUCAAGGGCUGCAAUGGCCAAGGAUAGGAUGACAAUAGGGAGUCGCUAUAUUGAGCUUUUUCCUUCAUCUCGUGAAGAGUUGGAAGAAACAGUUGCAAGGGGCAGAGUAUUGCAGAAAACAACAGAAGGGGAGGACCUAACUGAAAUGACUGCUGUUCUGCGAAUGAGGGGACUACCCUAUUCAGCUGAAAGGGAUGAUAUUAUUGAUUUCUUCAAAGAUUUUGUUUUAUCAGAGGAUUCAGUUCAUAUUACGCAUAAUCUCGAAGGGAGGCCAACCGGAGAAGCAUUUGUUGAGUUUGCAAAUCCUGAGGAUGCAAAGGCAGCACUAGCAAAGGAUAGGAUGAUGCUAGGUAGUCGUUAUAUAGAGCUUUUCCAGUCCUCUCAUGAGGAUCUGUACGAGUCUCUCUCAAGGGGAAGGUGACAUAUGUGUUUGUGAUGUAACGACUUCAAGAAAUUUCACUGAUUUUGUUUGGGAAUUUUGGGCAAGGCCACAAAUUUGUUUGCGAUGUAACUUUUAGAAUCAUUACUGAGUGUUUUGCUGAAAGCCAAUCCUAUCCUACUACAUGAGGCUUAUGACCUAAAAACAAAGCUUGCACGUGUAUAAAAUGCACCAAAGAGGUCAUGUAUGAUAAUAGGGCCAAAAUGUCAAUAACACUAAGCAUGAAACUAUGCCUUAAAAGAAAGUCAUAUACACGGU